UCUCUCCCCCUCUCCUGCUUCUCUUCUUUGCUGCACUCGGCGACCAUAUCGGCCGUCAGGGGAAAGAGAACGACUCCGGGAAGAAGGGAAUGGGACUGUUGUAGUUUUUUCCCUUAUUAUAUAAGAAUAGACUCGCAAAAUGUCGACGACACGGUCGAGGCGCCUGCUUACAGCUCGCCUCUCCAUAAGUCCCCACUGCUGAGACGAGACGUGUCUGUUUGGGCUUUUAGCUGCCUACUUCUCUCGACACGGCAAAAUGGAUCCCACUUUUCUUGAUCGCGUUUUGGUCGCAAACAAAAGAAAACCUUCGAGAAAAUAGUACAAGAGCGCCACGGAAGAAUCGGUACAGGUGCCCCCACCACAUGGAGAAGGUAGGCAAGGUGUGGAGCAACCUGAAGAGGGGAUGUCAGUCUCUGCUCCACCCAGAUGGAGGUUCCCAUGGGGAAGUGCAACCGCAGACACAGCUAGAUACAUUUUGUCAGAAUGUGGACCAGGUCCAGCGAGAGAUCACACCAGAACAACCCAGCCCUUCUCGCAACAGGUCAGCACUCCCUUUGGUAUCGCAAAGGGUUAAUGGCAGCGUGGCACGCCGGGGUCAUAACUGUGUGGCGGAUGUGCCCCAGAUAUUAGAGAUCACAGUUGAGCAGGACACCGAGGAUGGGCGUGCCCCUCUUGGUGCCCGCAGAGACUCUUAUUCGCGUCACGCUCCCUGGAGUGGCAAGAAGAGGCACUCAUGCUCCACCAAGGCACAGAGCUCCCUGGAGACCACCGAAAGGCGGAGUGGCCGCUCCCGUCGUAGGCAUGGAACAAGUAGCAGCAGCAGGGAGGAGCUGGAGCCAGGGGCACCACGCUCCCUGCGGCAGCAAUUCCAUGAUACGAUGGGCCUGUGCCUCCCUCUGCGCUCUUCGUCACGCAGCACCCACUCACGGCCACCCAAGCGCAAGAUCCAGAUCACUGAGCUGAUGCUGGAGACAUGCCCCUUCCCGCCUGGCUCAGACCUUGCCCGAAAAUGGCAUCUAAUCAAACAGCAUACAGCUCCUGUUACAGCCACGACAGUCGACUGCUCCACGGAAGGUCCUGAUGCUGCACGUGCUUCUCCGGAGGAUGAGGAGGAGCGGCUGCGUGAGCGACGAAGGCUCAGUAUAGAAGAGGGCGUGGACCCACCACCUGACGCCCAGAUACACACGGUGGAGGCUGUCACAGCACCCUUGGCCUCCAUCUACAAGCUGGGACCCAAAUUGGCCCCCGGGAUGGGGGAGGCCCUGAGUGAGAGCCGGGGAGCUGCAGCAGCUGACUGCGACUCUGAAGACGAUGAUGCCACCACCCUUUGCCUGCAGGCCCGCCGGCCCAAGCAGCGCCAUAUCUCGGUGGAGGGCCACCUAGGCAGCAAGCACCCAGGACCGUGGAAGGUGCAUACGCAGAUUGACUACAUACACUGCCUGGUGCCGGACCUGCUGCAGAUCACGGCGCUGCCGUGUUACUGGGGAGUGAUGGACCGUUAUGAGGCCGAGGCGCUGCUGGACGGCCGGCCUGAGGGCACCUUCCUGCUGCGUGAUUCGGCCCAGGAAGACUACCUAUUCUCUGUUAGCUUCCGUCGCUAUGGUCGCUCGCUGCAUGCACGGAUCGAGCAGUGGAACCACAACUUCAGCUUCGAUGCCCAUGACCCCUGCGUGUUCCAUGCAGCCACGGUCACGGCACUGCUGGAGCACUACAAGGACCCCAGUGCCUGCAUGUUCUUCGAGCCCCUGCUCACUUCACCUCUCCACCGGACCUUUCCGUUUGGCCUGCAGAGUCUGGCUCGGGCUGUUAUCUGCCGUGGGACCACCUACGACGGCAUUGCAGCACUGCCUCUACCGCCAACACUGCAAGACUACCUCAGGGAGUAUCACUAUAAGCAGAGGGUACGCGUGCGCUGGCUGGAGCGAGAACCGCUCAAGGCCAAGUGAGAGGGAGCUGACCUAGAACUCUACUCCUGCUAGACUAAGAAUGGGGUUUAGGUGUGGGGAGGGGCUUACACUGUGUACCAAGCAGCAGGGGUCAGGGGAGUCUCUCGGAAGACUAGUCCAUUCAGCACUUUCUAGAGUUGGAGGAUUUAAGAUCUUUUGUGGGGAAAGGCUUUUAGGACAAGAGAUGGGGAAUUGUGGGAGGGAGCAAAGGGGGCCUGAACCUGAACACAAUAUAUAAGCUUCUGUCUUUUUCUUUUUAUUUCUUAUUACUCAGCACCAACAAAUACAUAAAGCUAAAGUGGCUCUCCCAGUAGACACAUCACUCUACAGCUUCUGGACUUCUAGACUGAAGCAGUGGGGGGGCCUUAGUUUCACUUUCCCACCCCCCUCACCCCCCAGCUUCUUUUGAUAUUCUCAGAGAAGAUGAUUGGGGUGAACUUGUAAAAGAUAUGGUCAUGCUCCUCCACUCUCACUGCUUGACUACAUGGUUUUAGUCUUUUCACUGUGUUGAUUUUCUUUCACAUGCUAAUGUGCGUUUGUACAGCCAUUCACUUCCCUACUUACUUUGAAAUGCAUCGCAAAUGCAUUGUCAGCUUUUAAGGUCAUAUCAUGGACAGUUUGGGCAAGUCGGGGGUGGGUUUUGGGGGGGAAGGGGGGGGGUUGAGCUCUGAUCAAGUUGUUACGUUUACCCAUAAUCCUUUGCCUUCAUGGUGCUCUGUUAGUGGUUCCCAAGAUAACAUUCUGUUGGGAGGAGUGGAGCAGGCAUUGAAGAGCGGGAAACAGAAAGGAGGAUUUUACCCUAUUCACAGAGAACAACAGAGAGAGAGGUCUGUGAAAGGUGGAUUGAUUUAGAACUAUGUGUCCAGACAGCUGUCGGAAGGCCCCCGUUGUCGGCAGAAGGGCUCUGUGACAUUCUGCUUCUUUUCACUUCCAGGAAGUGAUGGACGAUGAUGCAUAAUGUGGCUACAGUUUUGUGUCAUGUGAUGUGAGUGCACCUGGUUUUCAAGAAACACACUCUAUGCGUGAACGUUCUGUUGCUAUCAGUAUGUUUUGUAAUCAUUAAUUCCUACCACUAAUUGCACAGGCGGUGGUGAUAAUUGUUUUGUUUUUUUGUUUGUUUGUUUGUUUGUUUUGUAUUGUGAAUGGACUGUCAGUGCCGUGGGAGAAGGGCACUGAUGAAGGGCACUUUAACUCAACUGUGCUUAUGUUAGUGGGAGCAGCAGAGGCAAUAUAUAAUCCUACAACACUGGGACCAUUGUUGUUAGCCAUACAUUCAUUCAUAUACAGACAUACAUACCCAGACUCUCUAAGCUCACCUUGUCUGAUAAACAUUGCACUAGGCAGGACUGACGACUGUGUCGUGUGGUGGCCCUAUCAGAGCCAUUGUGCGUACUGGGUGCAUCGGGCUUGCUUAAUUAGCUGAUUCUUAGUUAAAUGUGAGUUGUUGAAACGAAAGUAAUGUGCAAGUUGCAUUACAGAUACAGACUCCUACUAAAUUGCAGUGUCACAGCCUCAAAAGCAGAGCUUGGCUCCUACACCAGGUGCAAACUGGUCAGACCCAUUUUAACAGUUUAACGUAUAGAAGUAAAAGAAUGAAUAUAGCAUUUCAUUGCAGCUCACUCUGAGUGCACUCUGCACCUGCGGUUAUUUUUUCUUUAUUUAUAACCCAAACAUUGUAAAUCUUGUGUAUUCACAUCUAAUGUUAAAAGUUAAAAAUGCCCUAACCUCGUCAUCUAGGCAGUGUGCAUUCAUAGCUCUAUACAAGUCAUUACGUUUUGCAUAAUGCAUGUAUCUUCAAUAUGAUCAGCGACCUAAUUGUUGUAAAAAUCAGUUCUACCAUAUAUCACAACCUGUGCUUACAGUAUGAAACACCAGCAGAGAGAAGGAGUAGUUUGACUUCCUCAUGGUGUAUGAUAUCAUUCGAGUGUCAGACUCCCAAAACUCACUUCCUGCACCCCCCACCCCCUGCUCCCCCAACAACGCCCUCCUGCUUCUCAUGCACAGCGUUGCCACCUGGCAUCCAUGAUCAAGACGUCUUCCCACAUUAUCCCAUUAAGCUUUCCUUUUGCUCAAGGGCAGAUGUUGAGUCAUGGGCGUAGACGUUAGAGGUGCGUCAUUUUGUAGUCAUCGACUUGCCUAAAUAAGGAACUCCAGAUCAGAAAUGGUUUUGCCUACGGAAAAAGUAGCAUUUUUAGGGAUGUUCCAAAAUGGUGGAACAUCUGGGGACAUUUCCAUCUUCAAUAUUUUUCUGGUAUAUCUGGUGAUGACAAUACAUAAACAUUUAUAAUAUGUAUUAAUUGGGAUCCAUCUGGAUUAGCAUUGCAGAGAAAUGUACCAUUUAUUUCUGUAGGGUUAUAAAUGCUGUAAAACGUAUAAAACGCAGACCGUUUAGCACAGUUGCCCAGUGUCGCCUAAAUGUUCUGCCUGUAAAGACAGCAAUUAAUACAUAAUCAAAUAUCAUUUUUAAAUAUCUGUUAAAUCUAAACAUCUGUCUGAUGCCUUUUGUUUUAGCAAAUGUUUGCGGAAACUGUUUUAUCACCUUGCAUCCCUUGUGCUUUUGGAAAUCGACACUAUGGCAAAGUUAAUAUACGAAUAUUGCUACGUACAUGCUACAAGCAAAAUAGCACUCCUGUGCAUAGAAUUGAUGUUGCGUGAAAGUAAACAACCUGCUAUACUUUAAUGCUAUUAUAUAACACCAGCUACUAUGAUUGUAGAAUACUACUGCCAAAGCCAUUUAAUUACCACACUUGACAAAGCUCACUGGUUUGCACAGGGUAUUUUGUUUAGGUUGACAUUGUUGAUAUCAGUGAUAUCUAUUCAGCUCGCAGGAGUGCUAGCUUACAUGUAACGUGUGUAGCAGUGUUUGUGUUUUGACUGUGGAAUCAUCCUGUAAUUCGGAGAAUCCAGUAAGAUUCAUUGGAAAAAUGUACAUAUGAAAAAACGUGUAAGCUUUGGGACAUAUAUGUUUUUUGAAAAUGCCAUUCAUUUUCCCAUUGGCAAAACCAACUAGGUCUCGCCUGGGUACAGACAGCAAACUGCAUCCAUAGAGUUCUGUUGGAGAGUUAUCAGGCGUUGAGGUUUGGUGUAUAUGGGAAACGCAGGGUCCCCGCUAAAUGAUUUCCCCCUUUGGCUCAGCUUCAGCAGGAAUGGUGGCAGGCCAAAGCUCACCUGAAAACAGUGGUGUUUUGAGAAGGCCUUGGCUGUCCCUCUGACUGCCUGCCUGUAAAGGUGUAUCAUGCUUGGCUUUGCUCCAAAUGCUGCCUUAUUAAACUUGACACUUUUAUCAGGGCAGCGGUUGAUGGCAGGGUGGGGUGUGUGUGUGUGUGGGUGUUGCUUGGACUCCCUGAUAUACCUCCUCUCUGUCCUUCCCUUGUUUUACUAGUAGAGAGAUGUACGGGGUAAACGUGUAUUCAUACAGAUUUUAAAAUAAGAUAUUUUUAUUAGUAGUAAUCGUAACGAAAGGCAAUAACUCGUUGUCCUUUGGCUUAGCUACCAACAGGGGUGGGUUAGAUGAGGAAAAUUCUCCUUUAUAGUGUAAGAACAUGUGAAGUGAAGAUUGUCCAGUUUACAUCUAGAAGCAAGAUAAAGCAAAUGAACUGGUGACAAAGAGUCAUAAAUGUGUAUGAGAGAAAGUAUGUAUUAAAGUGACCAAAGGUUCUGGUUUUGACUGCAGCAGAUCCAGAUCAAUCCAUUGACCAGAGAAGUGAUGGGCUUACUACAUCUUCCUCUCUGAGUGAAUCCAGUUAACAUUUACAGGUGAGACAUUUCAGAUACAGAGAAGCCUGGUUUGAGACCCAAAAAGGUGCUGAUUGGCUCUCUGUGGUGUGACUUUCAAAAGUGCCUUUCCCUUCUAACAAUGUUCAAACUACCGAAUUGUCUCUGCAGAUAUUUCAACUUUAGUGUUCUGGCCCAUGUCAGACGACUUGCAAUCAAGUGAAGUGAGAUGUCCCAUUAUGUAGUUAAAACUCUAAAAAAGUUAUGUAAGAAAGAUUUAAAAAUGUAAUAGCGUGUGUGAAUAUGUAUGUGUGUUUAAAAGGGGGUGAUGAUAAUGAUAAUGAUGCCAUAAAGAUUGGUAUAAAGAAAAAAAGGCUUGUGGCUUAAUCCAUAUUUUAGCAGCUGAUUUUGUUCUAGGCUAGCCUUUUUUUUUUUUUUCAAUAAUCAUCCCACACCUGGUGCGGUUUUUAGUGUUUAUAUUUGCAGGCCACCUGGUGUAUGUUUGACUCAGUGCUUUCCUGCACAGAAAAGAGAAGCUGCGUGGACAGGUCUACGUUCUCUCAGGCUGCCGAGUGACCGAUUUUGAGAGGCCAGUUGUUUACUUGAUUUUGAGUUGUAUGUAAACGGAAGUAUGAUUUUUAUGGUCUCCUGGUCACAAGCAUGUGAGCAAAACUUGCCAGAAUAUGCUUCACUUUAUUAAAGGGUUAUCCUUUGAUAUAACAACACUGCAGUUACAAACUUAAGGGAAUAUUUUCUAAGCCAUUUCAUGAGUAAUCUUGCGCACUUACCAUAGGAGAGAUUGUUUCCUGUUCAAUGUUAUCUGGCAUGUUUCUGUACACAUAGCAUAGGAAGGUUGAGUUUAGCAAUGCUUAGGCAGAAAAAGUGAAUUAAAAGAUUUACAGUCUAACUUUUGUUUGAUAUAUAUUUACAUUAAGGAAAAAAAAGUGAGUCUUUUGUUUGAGAUGCAAUGGAUCAUGAACAUCACCAUGGUUACAACUCUGUCACUUUAAUGCUGUAUAUGCACAUUUAGUUGAGGGGAGGGCAUUGGAGGUGGGGGUGUGGCCUGGGUGCUGUGGUGACACCACUUGACAAGGUUUGGACAUCAUAAAGAUGACUUUUUAAGACCGCCCACCCCCACUUUAGUGAUUUGACUGCCAAAAAAAAACCCUUGCAGCACUUGCCCAGCGAACCAUCAUGGACUGUCUUGAACUAUGAGUAUAUCACUCUCUUUCUCACCAUCUUUGAGUUGUCAUUUUUAUCCUUUUUUUUUUACACUGCCCGUGGUUUGUACUGUACAGUGUAAUCACUCACCCCUUUUUCUGUUCUCGAUGUUUUUUUCUCUGUCUUUAUCUCUCUUUCGCUCUUUCUCGCUGUCUAUCUUAUGUACAGUUAAUGGUCCCUACUUCAGGCUAUGUUACUAAGUUGCUCUGUUGUAUUAUUUUGUUUGACUUUGGGUUACAGUAUGCUGUUUGGGGGCAGAGGGGCAGCAGUGUUGCUCUCCCACCAGUAGCUGUCACUCUCGGUGCUCUUGGCUUAUGCUUCAUUGUCUUAAUAUUAAACAAAAUAAAUAAAUAAAACAGUUA